CAUAUCGCCGAUUUUUUUCUGAUGUCAGCGAAUGCGUCACGAGCGGACAUCCAGGCUGAGUUAUCGCGUUCAUGAAGGAAAAACAUGCAGGUCAUGCAUGGCACCCGGCCUGUAAUCUGCUCUUUGUAGACCUCAGUCCUUCAGCCACUGUGCUUCCAGCAGGUGGAGGCUCUUCCUCCCCUUUGCUUCCAUUUCUCACGCCUGCCCCCAUCAGCUCAAGAGCUCCUUAUGUUAACCCUGUUGAGUAUGUUUUACUACAUCUGUCUGCGGCGGCGCUCCAGGAGUGGCACACGAGGUGAGGCACUGACCAGUCGCAGGGCUGUGGAGUCAGGGCAACGGGCAGUACUGCCAGUCAGUGUGGAGGUGGAACAGUAUGCUAAAGAAGUUAUAGACUUCAGUUCUCACUAUGGCAGUGAGAAUAGUAUGUCCUACACCAUGUGGAAUCUAGCCGGAGUGCCCAAUGUGUACCCCAGCUCUGGGGAUUUUACCCAGACAGCUGUGUUCAGAACAUACGGGAAGUGGUGGGAACGGAGCGUCAGUGCCUCGCCACCUUACCGCUGCACCCCAAAAGGGUUCUACAGCCAGGAUUAUAUUGAAUUGGCCUUUGAGGAGCCUGUCUACCCAACUGCUGUGGAGGUGCUUGAGACUUACUACCCUGGAGCCAUUGUUCAGAUCCUGGCCUGUUCUCACAACCCCUUCUCCCAGAACAUACCCACUGAUGUCAGGUGGGAGGUGCUGUGGUCAGGAGAGCCCACUAAGGUACUGACACCACAGGCACGCCAGUUUUCUCCCAGCAUCAAGCACAUCAGCUUCCCCACCAACCUUCUGCGUCUGGAGGUCAACAGCUCUUUGCUGGAUUACUACACUGAGCUGGAUGCCGUUAUCCUGCGCGGGGUCAAAGAGAGACCUAUGCUGGCACUCUAUAAGAUGCCUGUCAUCGACAUUAAUGACUUAAGCGACAGUGAGGAAGAGUUGUCUGAUGUUGGAGGUCUUUUCAGGCAGGGAGGAGACUGCAAGCAGCAGAAGACUGGAAAUGGCUACUUCGACAAACUGCCCUACGAGCUCAUUCAGCUGAUACUGAGCCACCUGACCUUGCCAGACCUUUGCCGUCUGGCUCAGACCUGUAAGCUGCUGCACCAGCACUGCUGCGACCCGCUGCAGUACACCCAGCUGAGUUUGCAACCCUACUGGGCUCGGCUGAAUGACGCCUCCCUGGGACACUUGCAGAGCUGCUGCACUCUUCUCCAGAGACUCAAUCUGUCAUGGACCGGGAACCGCGGCGCUCUCACUGUGACCGGCUUCAACAGCUUCAUGAAGGCCUGUGGUCUCAGCCUGGUGUGUCUGGAGCUGUCAUGCUGCCAUUUCCUGACAGAAUCCUGUCUGGAGGUCAUCUCCCAGACAUGUCCUGGGCUGCAGGAGCUCAACCUGUCCUCCUGCGACCGCCUCCAUCCACAGGCCUUCACGCACAUCUCAAAACUAAUGCGACUCCAUAGGCUGGUACUCUACCGAACUAAAAUAGAGCAAACGGCCAUUCUGAGCAUCCUGACUUUCUGCACAGACCUGAGACACCUCAACCUUGGGAGCUGUGUGAGGAUUGAAGACUAUGAUGUUGUAGCUAGUAUGCUCGCUGCCCGCUGCUGCUCCCUACGCUCUCUCGACCUGUGGCGCUGCAGAAACCUGACCGAUCGAGGCCUGGCUGAGCUGGUCUCUGGAUGUAGAAUGCUGGAGGAGUUGGAACUGGGCUGGUGUCCCACACUGCAGAGCAGCUCCGGAUGUUUCCAGAACCUUGCCCGCAGCCUACCGCGUCUGCGAAAACUCUUCCUCACGGCUAACCGCACCGUGUGCGACUCUGACAUCGAGGAGCUUGCCAACAGCUGCCCCUCGCUGCAGCACCUUGACAUCCUGGGUACACGGUUGGUGAAUGCCGCCUCCCUGAAGAAACUCCUCCAGUCUUGUCCAGAGCUUCUCCUCCUGGAUGUCUCCUUCUGCUCCCAGAUAGACACACGGAUCGUCCAGGAGCUAUCCGCUCUGUUCCCCAAAGUAGCCAUCAAGAAGAGUUUCACACAGUGACCCCCCCCCCCACAGCCGCUGUGAUUUCUCGGAGUCCCCAGAGGUCAGCUUUGACAGCUGACAUGGACGCUGGAGACUGCAGAGCUGUCUCCUUCCUGUAUCAGGGACAAGAUCUAUUUUCACAGGUAAAGUUGGAGAAACAGUUCUUUGGAAAACUGGCUGAACAACUUUUUAUUCAGGAAAAACAUUUCAUGGAAGACACCAAACAUUUGUGAGUGUUGUAUCUGGUUUGGAGAAUAAAAACAAAAUUCCGGCUGUUGCAGACGUCGAGUGAAACUGCACUAAGAACCAUCAGCCGGUUUAUGUUUUCACCAUAACCGAGGAUCGGUUGGUGCCUUGUCGUAUGUAGUCGGUAACACCGUCACAGCUCUGAGACAGUUUCAAAAAAUACUUUACCUGCUGGGUUUUUAAUUCUAAAUAUGUGUGAAAA